AUCUCUCUUAUGAGGAAAGGCUGUGGGACCUCGGGCUGUUUAGCCUGGAGGAGAGUGGGGGGUGAACCUCAUCAGCACUUGUAAGUACCUAAAAGGAAGGAGCAUAACCUUGGCACCUCGGGAGCAGCGUGCAGGCUCUGCAGCCAGCCUGGGAGAUCGAUUGCAUAGCAACCUCAGGGCUGUUUCAGUGUUUGUUGGAGAAAAGCAGCUGAUGACUCAUUUCAGUAGAUGUCAGUGAAAAAUCAGAGCAGACUUACCUGCUUAAACCUACUGAGAGCAAAAUCAGUGAGGGCUGCAGUUAUAUUGUCUCCCACCACCACCUUCCUCCAAGAAGAAUACCCCUAGAGAAUCUCAGCAUUCCUGAAAAUCAGUAUAGGAAAGGGCAGCAGAAGAUGCUUCAGUGGCGAUACCUCCUCCACAAUGCAAGUUAUGGAUGAAAUUCAUUAACUAACAUCCCCUUCCUCAUCCUGAUCUCCAACAGACUUCCCAUCACGCUUGGAAGGAAGGAUCAGGGAAGAAGGGUUGAAAGUCACCAUGAAGCUAAAGCAGCGUGUUGUGCUGUUGGCCAUCCUCCUCAUCAUCUUCAUCUUCACUAAAGUUUUCCUCAUUGACAACUUGGACACAUCAGCUGCCAACCGGGAGGACCAGCGCGCCUUCCAGCGGAUGAUGGCGAGCCUCCACGUCGAGCUGGACCCCCGCCUCGACCAUACCCUGCAGUCCCCCUGGGAGAUUGCAGCCCAGUGGGUAGUGCCUCGGGAGGUGUACCCUGAGGAAACCCCUGAGCUGGGGGCUGUUAUGCAUGCCAUGACAACCAAGAAGAUAAUAAAAGCUGACGUGGGAUACAAAGGGACCCAGCUGAAAGCUUUGCUAAUACUUGAAGGAGGACAGAAGGUUGUCUUCAAACCCAAGAGAUAUGCCAGGGAUUAUGUAGUGGAAGGAGAACCGUACGCUGGCUACGACAGACACAACGCAGAAGUGGCAGCCUUUCACUUGGACAGAAUCCUGGGUUUCCGACGAGCUCCACUGGUGGUUGGCAGGUUUGUGAAUCUACGUACGGAGAUCAAACCAGUAGCCACCGAGCAGCUCCUGGGUACCUUCAUGACUGUGGGUAAUAACACUUGCUUCUAUGGGAAAUGCUACUAUUGUCGGGAAACAGAGCCAGCUUGUGCAGAUGGGGACGUCAUGGAAGGAUCAGUGACUCUCUGGCUACCAGAUGUCUGGCCUCUUCAGAAGCAUCGGCACCCGUGGGGUAGGACUUACCGUGAAGGCAAACUUGCCAGGUGGGAGUAUGACGAGAGCUACUGUGAUGCUGUGAAGAAGACUUCACCCUACGACUCGGGCCCUCGGCUCCUCGAUAUCAUCGACACUGCCAUCUUUGACUACUUGAUUGGGAAUGCUGACCGGCAUCACUAUGAGAGCUUCCAGGAUGAUGAAGGAGCCAGCAUGCUCAUCCUCCUGGAUAAUGCCAAAAGCUUUGGAAACCCUGCCCUGGAUGAAAGAAGUAUCUUAGCUCCUCUUUACCAGUGUUGCAUCAUCCGGGUUUCUACCUGGAACAGGCUCAAUUACCUGAAGAACGGAGUACUGAAGUCUGCCUUAAAAAGUGCCAUGUCGCAUGACCCCAUCUCACCAGUUCUUUCUGACCCUCACCUGGAUGCCCUGGACCAGCGGCUUCUCAGCAUUCUGGCUACAGUGAAGCAGUGCACAGACCAGUUUGGGCCAGACAUCGUGCUGGUGGAAGACAGGAUGACUCUAUCUCAUUUGUAAUGGCAGCAGAAAACAGAUGAGACUCCUUUUGUUAAAAACAAAACAAAACAAAUGGACAAACAAAACAAAAGGCGAUAGAAAAACAGCACAAUCAGUUCAGAAGGGCUGUGGCCAAGAUGGACUGAAACAACCAGGAAAGCUUCUGAGCCAGAGGAGCAGGGGUGAUCCUGGCUUUUACCUUGGGCUGACAGCAGCGAGAGGUGGGAAGCUGGAGCCUGGGGAUGGCUCAGUACCCAGAGUGGCCUCUUGGCCCUUGUGGUGUGUCCAUCGCCGGCGGUGGACAUUGCACUGGAUAAAAAUGGCUCUUGGUGUCGCUGGAAGCGUGCAGAAGACAGACAGUAAUUUGAGGACUGAAUCUAGAGGACACAAAUGGAGAUGAACAGUAUGAUCCUCUCCCUUUUUCUUCCCCACACGUGCUCUGGCGUUUUUGUCUGAUUCAGGGUUGUACAUAAUCAGCUGUGAGCUGGUUAGGCUUUUUACUGCUUCUUGAGCAAAAGAGGAAGUGGUGAAUAAAAUAAUUAUUAGACUGAAGAGUUGUGCCACCCCCACGGGGGUGGGAUGUUCUUCUGGAUGCCGUUAGGGGUGGGAGAGGGGUCCUCUGCUGCUCAGUUGCCUUUUCCUUCAUAAAAGGCUGGGAAAAGGGGUUUGCCCCAUUCGUGAUGAUGCUUCGGUGUUUUUGAUGAAGUCCUAUCAAAGAUUUAUCCACAGGAUUGCAGAUUUAGGGGAGGAUAGAGUGGUUAUACAGCACUUGGUAAUUAAGAGGUUAAAAUAAGCUUCCACAUGUCCUGUCACUGUUUUCCAUUGAUAAGGAACCUGGCAAGCUUCGAGUAGAGAAAAUAUCCUUGCACUCCUGUGUCCAUAUUAACCAAGUUUCCAUUAUGCUGUGGCUGAGGAGGAGGACAGGUUGUGUUUAGUGAGGCCGUGCUGCUUGCUGUGGGCCCCCUGUUGUGGGGGAGUCAGAAUGUGUUGCACUGGAGGAAGAGAGGUGUCUUAUUGCUGAGCUUCCCCAGUAACCAGCAGUGGAGAGAACCACUGUACUCUUUCUUCUCCAUCUGGUAAGGAGAGUGUCUUGCUGCUUAUUUUUGUAGCUGCUGUCCUGUGGAACACCAGCAGUUUUUUCAGUCCCACCUGGUCUGGCUCAUGGCUGAGUUCUCAAGCUGGGAGCACUUCCAGUAUGUUUUUUGCCAGCUGCUUCCUGCAAACCCCCACUUACAGUGUCCUGACUGAGAGGGGUCAUCCCAGCGUCCUCACUCCCCGUGCUUUCACUGCAGAGAGGGGAGAGUCGGGUUAAGUUGGCUUUUUGAGGCAGACUUGUAGCACUCAUCUCAUGCUAGACCUGUCAUCCAUCAGCACUGCCUCAGCCCGUGCUGUGGCUGAGCUUGUGGCUGUAAAACUUGCCACACUUGUGGUGGGUCUGAGGCUGUGUCUCCAGAAGGGAAGUGGCUUUGUCCUUCCAUUGCCCAAUUUAGCAGCUUUGCAUCGAUUCCAGUUCAGACAGUGUGGCACUUAGAAGUAAGGGAAGAGCUGACUUCCCAAAGUGAUUAUGUAUUAUUGGACUUGUAAGCAGGAGCAACAAAACAUCAGUUUAAGUCUUUUUCCUUGAUUUGUCUGUCAGGAUCUUUCUAGCUCUGCAGUAGUGCAGCGGGCAGAUGAAGAGCUGUGUCCUGCUCUUGCCCCUGCUGCCAUACCUGAUCAAACAGUGCUAGGGACGGGGGUUCAUUUCAAAAAUGCCAUUUUAUUGUGUUGAACUCUUUUUGCCAUUGCAUCUUCAAAGCACAAUGCAACUGUUUACUUGAAAUUGAACUUUAUAUUCUUCCAGAUCUCUUCUGGACUUGGCCACAUCACAGACUCAACCUGGAGUCAGGAUGAGAUCCAGAGUGAGUUAUUGGUAUUGGUAGUCAGGUCUGUAAGGCACAGCCACUGCUGUUUAUUGCUGUAGUUGAUAAUAGAACACAGGCUUCAGCAGCCAUGGUCCUUGGGUGAGUUUCACCCAGCAGGGUGGCUCGUGCCUUGUGGGCUCCCCUCAGGCAGAGGAAGGGGCUGGCCUGGGCCUGCUCUGCCUCAGCAGGGCGGCACAUUUCAGGCAGCAAGCGAGACGGUUUUGGGAAGACCCGUGGGCAACAGGUGCUUAGUGAGCACUUUUUGUUCUAAAGCAGAAUAGGUUCUUGCAGAGGCAUUUUGGCAUAAACUGUUUCCCAGGAACUGGAAGAUGGUUUGCACAAAGGGCAGACAGUGAAGCAUAUGUAGUGGCGUGUGGCAUUUUAAAACACGUUGUUCUCUUUGACCUUAAUCAUAAGCACUUAAUAUUUUGGGAAGGAUCGACCAGAAUUUGAUGGUUUGAUUUCUACACAAUCACUCUUGAUUGUUUACAUUUGAUUUCAUAAUGGAUUAAAAAAAAAACAGUCUUCAUGAAAUGAGUGUCCAGGGCUUACCUAUUGCUUGUUGAUGGGACUCUAAGCUGAAGCUUUUGCCAUCAGGUGGAACCUGGGCAUCAGUUGUCCCUCAGGAUGAAUGUCAGAGAUUUAAAGCAAUGUGUUGGUUUCCUUGUAAACAAAGGGUGUGAUGUCUGGCACCAGCAGUAGGAGGAGGCAAGAAAGGGUUGGGGUUUUUUCUUCUUUUUCCUGUCAUAUUGCCACUUCUGUGAACACCCCUGGGGCUUGGUGUUCUGCAGCAGGAAAAAAGAAGAAAUUCCUCUCUUGCCCAAAAUCAGGAAGACCUGAUUUUUGGCCUUGUGAUAAUCUCUGGCAUUUUGGCAGUAAUUGUUAUUCUGCUCAAAUACAGACCCCUGAGAAACGUUCAAUGAUGAGCAUAGCAUAGGAAGCAAGCAGCAGCAUCCACGUGCCAACAAGGUCUCCCCGAACCUCUGCAAAGCAGCGUCGUCUGGGCCGUGAGCUCACGACACCUCCCAGUCCUUGUUCACUCUGCGUGCUGUAAUCCACUGGCUCCAGAUGUUACCAAAUCAGUUGUGUUGUGGAUAGUAGUAAUAUCAGAGCUCUUGAAGCACAGAGAUCACCAACUAAUUAAGAAGAGAGCAUCAUCAGCCAUCUGUGAUUUAUCUCCUCCUGAAGUCAUCAGUCAGGCUGGAGGAGACACUGAAUGAAGUCUCAGCUCCUCUCCCAGCAGCUAAUGAACUGGAGUGUCUCUUGCCAAACAAACUUCAACUGAAAAUACUAAUUUAUUAAGAAGGUAAUUUAUUUGCUGUGGCAGCUGGAGCACGAUGCUCGAAACAGACACCCCUCUUGGAGCUGUCAGAGGCUCGCCCCUGGGAGCAACUGCACGACUGGAGGUUGCUAACAAGAAAACAGAAUGCAAUCAUGACUUUCUACUUGUACCCCCCAGGGUCAGAUUCCACAUAAAGCAACAUUGUGUGAAUAAAGAUUUUAAUAAAGCAACAUUGAUGGAUUGUUUAAA